CCCAUGGCCGCUCUCAUCAGGACACGAUCCACCAUCACUACUCUCCUCAGCGCUCUCCCCGGCUCCGCACUUCGCUGUCUCGGUCGCAGUCAGUUCCACAUCUCGGUGACGCAGCAGACCUCUAACAGAGCCUGCAUCGGGCGCUCUGGUCGGACAACUUACCUGAGAAGCUACCCCGUCCUUCUGGUGCAGCCAGAUGGCUCCACCAUCACCGUCCAGUACAAGGAGCCGCGCAGGAUGCUGAUAAUGCCCAUAGACAUCACCACUUUGUCUGAGGACGAGCGAAAAACCCGCCUGCGCCAGAGGAACCAGGCUAGGAAGAGUGGCGCCAAGAAGGAGAAGGAGGUGUACGAUGACUUCAGCCUGCAGGAAUACAGUCAGUUCUGGAAGAAGAAGUGACCGACGCCCAAGAAACGGCCGGAGAGCUGUCAUUUAAUAAAGUUUUGUGUUUAUAAU